GGUUAAAAGACGCACAGCGGCAUCGGUCUCUUUGGGAGGCAGCAUGGCAGCGAUCGCACCGGUAGCGUUCGUCCCGAUGUUGGUAUUUCUAUUUUUCCUGGCGCUUGUCUGCGACGCAGCGAAUAGUCACCUCAAGCGCGAUGCCGUGGAUGCUUUCAAGGCUCUUGCUGCGUUUCCUUACGCUGUAGCCAUGGCCGCUACUAACGACGACGGAGAGUUCGACUGCAUGACCGCGGUUCGGACGGUAUUCAGUGAAGACCCGCCCAGCAUCGUCUAUGAGUCUUUACUCAAGGGCCACAACGCUGAAAAAAACCGCACUAUCACCUACCACAUCAAGCCUGGCCCGACGUCUGACACAACAGAGUUCACUGUCAACAAUGAUUUCGAGAAUACGUUACAAGCCCACUUCCUCUUCUCGAACUACAAAGACUGCAUUAUCAUGGAACUUCCCAUCUAUGACAAGCAAGUGUGCGUUAUGUGGACCUUGGAGACGCUCGCUGAUGAUGUUCCAUCGAUCUGCACAGAGCAACUCAAGACAACUGCGACAAUGCCAGACAGGCCUAUGACGAGGAAACCUGUGGCCCAUUUGGCCAGUAGUUUGGCCUAAUUCGAGAUUACCUUUAACAAGCUGGUGCCUAUAACUUUGAAGCGAAAAAGAAACACUGGAUAUAAUUAAGCCUCUCAAAUAAAUGAGUAAUUCAUUUGGCUGUUCUAAUCGAAUCCAUGCAAUGUGCGGUGUCUCUUUUGCAAUACUGGUACACAGGCAUAUGUUUUGGCAGACCGUUUGAAAUGUACAAUGAUAUAUUUUCAGCCCUUUCACAUCUGAACUUAAAGUAUUACCCCAUCAUUGGUAGAAAAACGUAUACCAACAG